AUGGACUUGACGGAAAGAAUCAAAAGUUUUGACUCAGGAGGGCAAGUUGACCUAACGGAAGGGCGCGCGCGCCAAAGCCCGCGAACUCGCGAGACGGAGCCUUGGCGGACCUCAGUCGCCUCAUUCUCGCUCUGCGAUUGCGUGGAACGGUCGCCUCAAAUUCAAGCAAUCAACCGUCGUCUCGAACGUCGUCAGAUUUCCGUCAUGAAGCUCCUCAUUCUGUUGGCCAGCUUCGGCUUCGCUUAUGGGUUGCCGAUCUACCUUGAGGUACAUUUUUAUUUCAAAAAACACGAAAGAAGGUUGAAUUUUUGAUGUUUUUGAUUUAUGUAUUUAGCAAAAUAAUGGUGAGAAAUCUUCAACUGCCGCUUUUCAGAAAUCACUGUGCACAAACGAGUCUCCGUGUUUCACCGAAAAAACCAACUGCACAGAAAAUCGUCCUUGCUCUACCUUGAUUGUUGUACGUUUUCGAUGGAUGGAGUUCGAAUCACGGAGCUGAUUCAGGUGUCGAAUGGCGAGUACAUCAUCGAUGGUCAAGGCCUCACCGGCAACGAGUUCAUUGCUGUGCGCGUCUCCCAGGACGUGCGUUUCUAAAUUCUAUUCAUCCGGAUAUCUCAAUUUUCCAGUCCGAAGGCCUCAAUCAUUAUCUUCUGUGUCUUCCUGGAAGCCGAACAGCUCUGCGCGCCGUUUCCAACGACGGUCUCCCACUCAUCUUCGUAGAGGUACUCAUCGUCCUUUUGCUGAAACCGUCUUCUUUUUUCCAGAGCAAGCCUUCGGAUUCGUUUUUGGCGGAGUUCAAGGCGUGCAGUUUUGGCCGCUCCGUGUCGGCAGAUUUCUCUGCACUGCAAGUGAUUAAAGGCAACCUAACUGGUUCGUCAAGCAUUAUUUUGGGAUUCGGAAUUGAUUUUCAGAUGACAUGAUGAUGGGAAAUGGCUCUCCACUCAUCCAGCAAAACGAAGGACGUAGUUUCCUUGUCAAGAAAAACGUAGGUCGACCAAAAAAGUAUUUGUUCAGAUAAAAGCUUUCAGCCGUCUUUGGCCCAUUAUCUGGAAAAUCGUGGCUCUAUGCCUAUGAGACGUCUUCAAAUCAGUGGCCUAAUCAGCGACGUUGACGACCGAAUUGGACUCCGUCGAACUUUUUCUGAGGUUUCAAAUGAAAUCCCUUCGUAGCAAAAUCUAUGUCUCAGGAGGACAGCGACAGAAUUGGCGACUUCAUCCGAGAUGUUGAAGACGUCGUUGAGUCUUUUGAUGACAUGAAGAACCAGGUAUGAUUCCUGGAGGAGGGUGGUAAAAAAGAAAGAACUUCCAGCCAGUCAAUCGACGCUUCAAGGCGGCUCCGAAACCUACAAUCAUUCCCGAUGAAGAAGAGCUCGUGUAUGAUGAUCAGUAUGAAGAUCUGCCUCCCAUUGAUGAAGACGAGCUGGUUCUGAUGCCAAAGAAAUCUGUUAGUUGUAAACAAAAUAACUAGUUAUUGAUUUCUUGGCACAGGUCAAAGUCGAGGUAGAAGAUGAGGAGAAGCCGAAAAAGAAUGUCGUUGUUCCGAGAAAUAGAGGAAGAAUCUCGCAUGACGAAGAUGAGGAGAAGGUCGAGAAGCCGCGCAAAAAGGACAGAAGCAACGUCGUGGACAAAGAAGACGACGAAGGCUUGGAGGACGUGGAUGAGGUUCCCAAGAAGCCGAAGAAGGGCCGCGGUCGCAACACCGUCGGAGAUGGAGAAAACGAAGACAACGUCGAAGACGUCACCAAGAAGCCGAAGAAAGGAAAAGGCCGGAAGCUCGUCGAAGACGAAGAUGAAGAGGAGCGUCGUUCCGAGAAGAACAAGAAGGACAAGGACGGCAGUGAGAAAGAAGAGAAAUUGUCAGUUUUUCAUUUAAUUUCGAAAGGAUCUUCUCCAUUCCUUCUGUAAUCAGGGUUCUUCCAGGUUCGGCGACGACUACUAUGAUGACAAUAACGCCGAUUACUCCAGCUACGCGCUUGUGAUCUUCAUCUCUCUCUACACCCUCUACGACCUUCUCAAGUAAAGCCCUCAAACUUCAUCCCAUGUCUUGUCAUAUAGCGAAUAUAUAUUUAUUUGUGCCUCUCUUACUGAAAAAACUCUUCUCAGAACGGAUCAAUCAUCCCAGCAUAGUGCAAAGAUCAAUUUUCUGUAAAUUUCUGUGUUUAUCAUAGAUCUCAUAUCGACUGAUUUUCUGCCUCGCUUUUUUUUUUAGUUACUCGUAGUUUGAUUCCACAUUGUUUACCUAAGUUUUAUCGUAUCAUUUCAUCUAUAUUAGCUUCUUUUUUAAUAGCAAAAAAGUCGAUAAGUAUUUUUGUUAAUACUAUUUAUUCCUGCAUGCCCAAACGGUUUUUUUGUUCGUUUCGACAUCUUGAAUGAAAUUGUUCGACUACAGAGGCCUCUGUUUCCAAAAGUGUUCCAUGUGGUAAAGAAAAAAAAAUGAGGAAACUAUCGAGAACAUUGUGUGUAGCUUUGCGUGGAGCGAUCUUUGGAUUCAAGUUUAUCGAGUCCAAAUUGUGUCACCACAGAUCUGUUUCAUGUGUCACAUAAAACCGAAGGCUUCUCACAACGGUAUAAGAACGGUGACAGUGAGUUGAAAGGGAAGAGACCGGUUCAUUGAACCUUUUUCAACAGGAAGCGACGCUUGAUGAUUUAUUACCUUGAGAUAUCGUCUAGUUUAGGAUUAUUUAGUGUUGUUUUCGAGAGAAUUCGCGUUCUCUAAUUUCACAGAUCAACCUUGCAAUUUAUCUGAUUCGUUCCUUCCGCAAAGGAGAUUCUCAUAAGAACUAUUUAAGAUUUAAGAAAAAUUUUUUUCAACAUGUAGAGAAUUUUUUUUGAACUAAGUUUUUCGUCAAAUUUUUUUCAUAAGCAAGAGAUAGAUUAAUUUUUUUAAAAUUGCUUUUUACUCAUGUUAAAUGAAAUAAAUAAAGUUAAUUGAAGCUAUAAUUAUUUUGUUUCUUCACUAGGGAGGUCAUUUUGCGGUUGGAAUUUUUUUCUGCAAAUUGGCUAGAACACUCCUUGAAGUACCACAAAAAGAUUUUAAAUAUGUGCAACUUUCUCGUUUUUGGGAAAAAACGUCUAAAACUCAAAAAAGAAUCCCCUAGAACUCAUAAAAUGAACUAUUUUGAAACUUUAGGUCCUUAAUUUUCGAAAACUAGAUUUUUGGGCAAAUUGAUACUAACAGAAUUUUUUUAUACCAAACAUCAGGAAGUGCUCUGGCGGAUUUUUAGGAAACUCCCAACCGCAGAGGAAAAUGACCUCCCCUGUCAGGAAAAAUACUGAAAAAGAACAUGGAACUCUUUUUUCUCAAAGAUAAAACAUCUAAAAAAUUUUUGAACACCAUUUGACAACAGAAAAAUUUUAGGCAACCUUGCUUCAGAAAGUGGAAGCUCCGCACUCUCGAAAGCUCUUUUUCAGCGAUUUUUAGAAGUUAUCUGCAAAGUGAAAUAUUUUUUCUCGGUCUGUCUUGGUCUGUCGGGUAUCCAAGUUUGACCGCCACUGUGAGUUCACUCUUCAAGUUCUCACAGAAUGAAAAUUUGACCUUCAAUUCGAAAUGAUUUUCCUUAGAACUCUUUCUUCGAACUAGUUAACCCAAUAAAAACUUUCCAUUUUCACGGUGCCCUACUGCCAAUUGAAAAAGUUGCACUCAAAGAAACAGUUUUUCUCGAAACUUGAAGACAGUUGAAGAAAAUAGUUUAUCUUGGCGCCGCACGACGCGUAAAAAAAGUAAUUGGUCAUCACAAUAGACUUGGGCAAAAGGAAACUCGUCCCUGGCCUCUCGAAGAACUGCUGGUGUAAAUGUUCAAAAAAGGGUUUUUGAGGCGGAGUCUUGGUUCAGUUUGAAGUCGACGGUCGGAGGCGACGGCACGGCGGGAGGGCACUCGGAAACAGAAGAAAGGUUUCAAGCCGUUUCUUCUCCUUCGGCACACCUUCUUCCGACCGCUAAACUUGAAUCUCCCUUCUUGCGCUGAUAUCUUUUGAUUCUUCAUUGAUUUACCAGCGGAUCAUGCGAUUACCAUUCGUCGUUUUUUUGUUUUCUCGACGCUUUUUGCAGGUUUGCGGAUUUUUUUAAUUUUAGGCGAAAAAAAUGUUUUAGUUUUUUUUACGUAAUAAUGAUAAAGAAAAAUUCAAAAAUAUUUUUUUCAAACUGAAACAGAAAUAUUAUGGAUUUUUUUAAGCAUUAACCUCAAUAAUUUUUUCAUUUUUUUACGCCGAAAAAUCAAACUUACGUACAAAAAAACUUCAAAAAUCAAUAAUUUUUUUAUAGUUCAGGAAAAAAAUCAGAAUGAAUAAAAAAACAAAUGAAAAAAACGAGAAGUAAUAAUUGGAAGAUAUAUAUAUUUUUUUUCCGAUUUUUUUCUUCUAAUCUAUUUAAAAAAACGGACUACAAUUAAAUUGGUUUUUUUAUGCGAAAAAUUAUGAGAAUGAAGUUCUAAUUUUAAAAAUUAGAAAUUUGAUACCCGUAGCAAGUAGGUCUUUAACUUUUUGACAUGGUUUCAUUUUUUUUGCCUUCCUGACCAUCGAAACAAAUGGGAAAUUUUCUCUAACCGAAUUUCGCUUUUUAAAAUAAAGAUUGGAAGGUUUUCAGUUGUUCUGAGUGCCCCAUGUACAUUUGUGGCCAAUGGUCAACAGUUCACCUACGCAAUCAGAGGAACCACAGUCCACUUCCGGGUCGUUCUCACCAACAUUCCUCCGAAUUCCAGCGGCUGGACGGCCGUUGCCUUCGGAAGCAGCAUGGUUUGCGCUUUCCCCUCUAAUUUUAUUAGCAGUUUCAACACUCUUAAUCUUCAUUAACUUUUUAUUCAGUUCUCUGGACUUGACGUUAUCGUGAUUCGUGUUUUGAACGGCCGUAUCAUUGUAACAGACGAGUUUGUUCGCGGAUUCACAGCGCCUACCCCUGACAGAGUAGAAACUUUUUUCUGGACCGUUACAAUGGAUUUUUUCCAGGUGAACAAUGUACAAGUCUACGGCACGCGUUUUGAGAACGGCGUGGUCAUCGCGUCUUUCUCAAGGCCCAUUUUCUCUUCGGAUGGAUCUGCAGAUGCUUCCCUCUCCGGUUGUCAGCCAUGGAAGGUUGGACGAAAUUUUCUGGAACCGUUCAUCAGAUGAACCGAGUUUAGGGAUAUGCGAAAAAUCAGAAAGCUCAAGAGUCUAGGUGUUUCGAGAACCUUUUUCUCCCACAAAAUAACUAAUCAAGAUGGAGUUACAGUUUCAGACUAUCUACUGGGCGCAUAUUCAAAACUUCAGCAAAAAUAUUUGAACAGUUAGAAGGCUGGAACAUAUUUUUUGAGGAGAAAACCCUGCAUUAGUCAGAAAUUGAUUUCUUCGAUUUUUUCAAAAUGUUAAUUAUUACAAGAUUCUCUCAAAAAUUGCAAAAUUUUUUUGAAAUCUAGCUGGCACAUUCAGAUUGAAUUUCGAAAUUUCAUUGCGCUGUAAGCAAAAAGUUUUAAGAUCACAAGGAAAAUCGCGUAACUAAACUUGCUGAAAAGUUAAAAAUUCUUAAUGCAUUUGAUUUUGGUCCCCUCAGUUCCCGAAAUUUCCUUAUUUUUAAGAGCAACGCUCUCCAAUAAAAAGUGUAGCAACAUUUUUUAAAGAGGAACUAUUGUAAAUUACAGUUUCAGAAGCUUUGGUUUAAAACGAUUUUACGGCCCCCCCCCCCCCUCGUUAUCAAUUAUUUUUAAGUGAUAACUAUUCUGGAAAAUUUCAGUUUGCGCUAGGACUGAGUCGGAUGAGCCCUCAGGGCCACUUGUUCCACCACUCUCGUACGCCGGUUCAUCGUGUCGUUUGCCUCAACCAAUGCACGGUUUAA